AAAAAAUAACCUCAAGUACAGGCGCUCAGAAGUUAGUGACAGUUUGUUCCCACAAAUGCUUCUAUGCAGACAUACUAAAUUAUUCACUUUCUUCCAAAAAGUCAAUGAACUGUUACAAAAUUUACUUACUGUUCAGUAUUUUUGCCAUGAUAUUCCCAUGGAAAUAUUACUGUUUACUUUUGUGUUGUAAGACUGGAAGGAAAAUAGACUUUUCUUUAUAAGAAAUAGAUGAAAAUCCCAUUUAGGAUGGGCUUCAUGUUUGCAGCAUUGGGAGGUUUGGUUCUGAGGAAAACCAUGUCUGUAUUUAGCUAUUUUAUGCACAGCAGAUCUCAGAUGGCCGGGAUUAUGUUCUGCCAAUUUAACAAGGUUAUGCGUUUAAUAAGUGGAAAGGCAUAAGUCAGAGCACAACACUGGAUCCCAGCCCUCAUGAAUUUAACAAGGAAGGACUCUGAAUUUGACCCCGCCAUUCCAAAAUGACAACCUUUAUUCCAACGAACAUGCAAGGCUCCGGACGGGCUGCGAGAUCCGCACGGACAGUCAUCGUCUCCGGUGUCCCGGCCGGCCUGCUGAGCAAAGAUGUCGUGGCCGACAUACUGCACAUGCAUUUCCAGAAGCGCAAGAACAACGGUGGGGAUGUGGAACAAGUAGUGUAUCCCACAGUGGAAAAAGGAGUCGCACGUAUAACUUUUGAGGAUCCAGAAGAUGUAGAGAACGUUCUAAAGAAGGACGAACAUCAACUAAAAGACAAGAGGCUGCCUGGCUGCUAUCCUCUGAAAGUCACCCGCUACUGUGGAGCUGUUUUCAACUGUGUGUUCUCUCUCCUCAAUAUGUCUGUUUUCAAAGAUGAGUUUGAUUUAGAAGAUCUGAUACAAGAACUUAAAAAGAACAUCCCGGCUUUGAGUUUUGGUCGCUUGCAGUCUGAUGGCCAUAUUUCUGUCGAAGGGCCGUUUCCAGCAAUCAAACUGCUAAAAGACUUUCUCUUGUUAAAAGCAAAAUCCCUUUCAGAGAAGGACAAAAGAGAACAAAAUAAGUCCCAUCAGAGACCGAAGAGGAGUCUCCGGCAGCAAAGACUUUCCAUGGAGACAAGUAAUUCAAUUCCUGAUGCAGAUGGAGGAAAACAGGUGCUGAUUCUUGACACCGAUAUAUAUCACUACAUGAAACACUUUUUUUUCAAGAAACUACUAGUAAAUUAUGAUGUUGUAAUUUCUGACGAUAUUGAGGGUGAAAUAACUACAUUAUAUAUUAGGAAUGCCAGAAGUAGGUCUGGCACUGAACAGGUUUUAAGAGUCAAAGAGGAAAUUGAAAAUGAGUCUGUGAAACUUCAUAACAGUUUACGUAAAGAAAGGAUCUGUUUUGAGGGGUACAUGGGAGAUGAAAAGCAGAAAUAUAAACAGGCGUGUGAAACUGUAAAAUCCCAUUACCCAGCUGUUUUGGUUAUCCCUUAUGAUACUCACAUUGAUAUUAUAGGAAAUUCUUCUUUGACUUUCAAAUUCACAAGGGAAGUAAGGAGAAAGAUUGGGAGCCAAAAGAGUAAGCUAGAAAGAUCGUGUUCAUAUGGCUGCUGCAAGUGAAAGGAGCCACGUGUGAUCCUCAAUGGAGGGCAGCAGGGCGGUAUUGCUCGGAUAAGAGAUUUAGUUUUAGUUCUAGUUCUGUUUUAGUUCUGUAACCUCUCCCAUAGGAUUUCAGAUCACUUUACUGAACACGAAUCAAGUUUGUUUGCACUAAGUAAUUGCUGUGGGCAGUUUCUUAUUCCAUAUAAAUUUAAUCUCCCCCAAAUACCAAAUUAGAUUUGGAACAGGAAGCAAAUCAUCUUUGUGUCUGUUGUGUCAUACUGAGAAAGGAGGAAUACUCAGAGUUAUUAGCAUAGUUAGACCUACAAAGCUAGAUAAGCUGAUCAGGUGCUAAAUACGACAACAAAGUUAGGAUAUCUUUGUGAAAGGUGGUGGGGGGACACUAAACAGGAACAGUGGCCUUUUUCCAUAGUCGCCUUCGUCUGCAGGAGAAAGACCUUUGAGAUGGAUGAGGGAGGUAGAGCACAUUUCUGACAUUCUGAGAGACACCUUAGACAAUGGCACCAGAAGUUCUUGACACAAGAAAAUAAGAGGGUUUGGUUUCAUGGGAGUGGUGGAGUUUAUUGACUGACAGCAGGGCAGUACUUGCAGUGUCCCUUGGCAGUGUGUUAUUCAGACAUGGGGGUAUAUCCAAAGUUUUGAUGUGAAAAUCAAGAGGCAUUUAGACUUCCAAGUCGUCUUUUGCUUAUACAAUUCUUACCGCCAACACAGGGUCCAAGUCAUCUCCAGUUAUAGAUACUGUGAUGAGUAUUUCUUUAAUGUGUGAAGCUGGUCAGUCAAUAUAAUAACUAAUAGAGGACAAAAACACCGUUAUGCCUUACUAGUACUUUCCAGUUGUAUUUUCGAGACCAAUGUUAGAGGUUCCAAGCAGUGUGUGCCUGCUGCCUUCAUAAGAGUCUCAAAAUCUAAUGAAGAGUUAGUUAGCACUAAUUACUUCCCAGGCUGAUUGCCUUGGAGCACUGAAUUUCUCUUUUGCGAGGUACUAUGCAAUACACAGAGAUCAUUAGAUUCAUACAUAGUCUCUAUGUAUGUGUGUGUGUGUGUAUAUACUUUUUUGUGACAUGAGAAUGUUUAAAAUACUUUGUCAAAACAUACAGAACAUCUGAGCUCUUUUCUUAUAUAUAGGCAAAGCUUUUAUAUUUUUAAAUCAUUAAAGAAACGA